AUGCUGGAUUUAGACAAAACUUUGGACGAAGAAACAGCAGCUGAUAAAUGUAUUCUACGCGGUAGUUCUAUUUCGAAGGAAGUUGAGGUAGUGAUCUCAGAUCUUAUGAAAAUUUCAUCGUACAACCUGGAUGCACAACAAAAAUUUUACGAUGCACUUUCCGAAGUUUUGACGAAAGAUGUUCCAGUCGCGGAAGUUUCCAGUAAAUAUGGGAUAGCAGUUGAUGCAUUUCAACCGUAUAUUACGGAAGCUCGCGUGCUGCUUGGACAAUCACCCUAUUCAACAUCAUCUAAUAUCAGGGAAACAUCAACGGAGUUGGACUCAGAAUUACCGAAUGGUAGUAGGAAAUAUGCAGAUGGAAAAAAUCAUUUCGACGAAAUAUUUACAAACAUCGAACUUCCACUGAAGGACAUUUCUGGUGAUACAGUCUUUACAACUUUCGUUGCUGUCCAUCCAACAAAUAUGGCAAAAGAUUUUUCAAAACACGAAAAACGAUAUGAUACGGGAAACUUGUUGACGAAAGCAUACCUGCUUUCGUCAAUGACAGCCCUCAUACUUGCCACGUUCGAUUCGAGGCGUAACAAAAUUCUUCCCGAUACAAAGCUGGACAAAAAAUUAAGCAGAAAAGACUAUAGCGGAAAGCCGAAAAAUUUGGCUGUUAAAAUAGACAAGGGUGUAAAUGGAAAACCGGUCACAGCUUCGUCAUAUUCAAAUGAAAUUAUAUCCUCAAACGUUGAAAAUGGCCAGGAUUUUAACAUAUUGUCAGUCAAAUCAACAAACGAUACAUAUUUUGAGCAGCUGACGAAAAACGAAGCCUUCCUAUGGAGUCGACUAGUUCGACAGAAGAAAACACAAAGAUUGAUAUGUGAUGAUGUUACAUAUGAAACCGAUAAUGAGUAA